AAACAACAAUAUUUAAAAUUACCAACUAUGGUUAUGUUACCAUCUAAAACAGCUAAUCAACAAUUUUUAUUACGUAUUCUUAAAAUAAUAAUACAAUUACGUGAAGCAACGAAAAAAGAACAAAUCAAUGCUCAAACACAUUUUGAAAAUGAACUUCAUUCAUUAACACGUCGUCUUGCUACAUUACGUCAAUCAUUACGUUCUCAAAUUCCAUCUUAUAAUAAUAAUCAACAAAAUGAUAUUCUUCAAUCAAUCGAUGAUUUAUCAAAUCGUUUAGAACAAAUGCGUGCCCGUUUACAAGCCGUUUUAAAUUCGAAUACAAUUGAACAACGUCAACAUUUAUUUUCUCAAUGUGAAACAAUAAAUAAUACUCAAGAUAUUUACUGUUUAAUUCGACAAUUUGAAUCAUAA